CGCGCGUUGUUUCGUCAUUGGCCUCAGGCGAGUUGUCUUCCCUUCCGACCGAUGAGUUUCCGCCUCCGGUUGGCGACAGCGGGAUCCCAUUUCCCCUAUGUCCGGGGCGCAGCGGCGCUGUCGGGGUUGGCAGUUUAGAGCAUGUGAAUUAACUGAAGGAGCUUGAGUUCCAGUAUGUGGUAUAUUAUGCAGAGCAUUCAGAGUAAAUACUCCUUGUCAGAGCGGUUGAUCCGCACUAUAACAGCCAUACGAUCUUUCCCACAUGAUAAUGUUGAAGAUCUUAUCAGCAGGGGAGCCGACGUUAACUGUACGCACGGCAUUCUGAAGCCGCUACACUGCGCUUGUAUGGUUGCCGACGCAGAUUGCGUUGAACUACUGCUGCAAAAAGGAGCGGAGGUCAACGCCCUAGACGGGUACAACCGAACAGCCCUUCAUUAUGCAGCAGAAAAAGAUGAGACCUGCGUUGAGAUCCUCUUAGAAUACGGCGCAAACCCCAGUGCGCUGGAUGGGAACAAGGACACGCCCCUCCAUUGGGCUGCCUUUAAAAACAAUGCGGAGUGUGUCCGAACGCUUUUGGAGAACGGCGCCUUGGUUAAUGCUCGGGAUUAUAAUGAUGACACACCCCUGAGCUGGGCUGCCAUGAAGGGAAACCUAGAGAGCGUGAGCAUACUCCUGGAUUUCGGAGCGGAGGUCAGGGUGGUUAAUUUGAAAGGCCAGACGCCGAUAUCUAGGCUGGUUGCGUUGUUGGUCAGAGGACUUGGUACCGAGCGAGAAGAUUCUUGCUUUGAUCUUCUUCACAGAGCUAUUGGACACUUUGAUUUAAGGAAAAAUGGGAAUAUGCCCAGGGAGGUAAUGAGAGAUCAGCAGCUGUGUGAAAAACUUACCCUGCUCUGCUCCGCCCCAGGUACCUUAAAGACACUGUCUCGCUACGCGCUGCGGCGUAGCCUGGGUGUCCAGUUCCUGCCGGAUGCAGUGAAGGAGCUUCCUUUGCCUGAGUCCCUGAAAGAAUAUCUGUUGCUCCUUAGAUAAGCGAGCGGUAAAAUUCUAGGGGAUUCUGUGCUUGAUUCACUGCCCCCUAUUCCUUAUGCUUUAUGGGGAUGCCAGUAACAUAACUAGAUUUGUGACUCGAUCCGUGACAUCACAGACACUGGGUUCCUCCUCCUCCUCACUCUGAUGGUCAAGCUGAUGAUCAGUCGCCAUCCAAGAUUACUCCAGGCUCUAGGGCUCCCUCUCCUGUCUCACCCAGAGCUCCAUACAGGACGGUGACCUCCAUGGUGGCAGCUGGCACUACUGGUGGCUUGAAAGGUGUGUGAGGGGAAAUACUUGUGCUAUUUCUUCCUGCACGGGCCUGUUCCCCAUCUCCAGCCUCUGGAUUGCUCUCCGAGUUCAGUACCAAGCCACCGGCCGUCUCACAAGACAUUGCGGAACAGAAUUUGUCACCUUCCCUGCCACGGAAAGACAAAUUAUCAUCCUGCUUUCUGGAGACUUAGGUGUGGCCUUUAGCGAGAGAGAUGCCUUCUCAAUUAGGUGUGGAGAGCAGGCAAGGGGGGAUCUAUUCCUGUUGGAAGGAAUUAAGUAUGGGGCGGAGUCUUGGAGCAUGGGAAAAUCCCACAUGGUUGCUCUUGCCUGUUGGAGGAAGUGAGCUGGUGCCAGUCAGCUUCUGUGCUGUCUCGACUGAGUCAACCAGGCAGCAAGCAGGACUCCUGCUUGCAGACUUGUUAGUUUUAGUGGUAGUUCCCACCCCAAGCACAUGUAUUUAGUUUGUAUUUUUUCAUAGACCUUGGAAGGAGAGCUCCUUCCUACAGAGUGUUUGUAUCUCUAAUCAAUGCUUUCCGCACUGCACCUCCCCACGCCUAAAGCACAGCACCCAGCCCUCUGGAUGGAGGGAGUCAUGAGCAGAGAUGGAGAACUGUAGGGAAGGUAAGCCCUGUCUGGAGAGACACCGGUUUUCCCUUCACAACAUGCACUGGGGGAUUUCCCUCCCCCCACUUAUUAUUUCUAAGAUGCAUCAACUCUUAAUUGUGGGGGAAGGAGAUAUUUUAAAUGUGUUCCUAACAAAGCAAGUAGCGUGAACGCAGGCGUUUUCCAAGAGCAGGGUAGGGUGGGUGUGAGACGCCUUGGUGCUCCCGUAGCACCAGUAAGAGAGGUCGCCUGGCUCACUACUGCUGCGGGAUCGUUAAGGAAAGAGUAGUACCCAGCACUGCUGCUGGGAUCCAGCAGCACUUUCCAGAGCCCCUGAACUGCAUCGUCUCUGGCUGAUUUCAGAAAGGCUCCAGUGGAGCUGUCCUUGACCAUGACUGCAGUAAUGGUGGCUAUUAAGCAGUGCUGUGUGGGUGUGAUUGUAGGGCAGGCGGGUGGGGGGCAGGGGGAGGUAUUAAAGUGGGGAGAGUUAUGGGAUUCUUACAAUAUAAAGGGUGCGCCCUCUCGAAAAUACAAUCGGCAACAACCACACUUUGUCCUAAUGAACAGCCCCUCUCAAAAUCCUGCACUUCAAAUGGUUCAGGUCCUCUGGUGAAAGAACUAGAUGCCAAAGUGUGGGGUGGGUCUGCUCCGUGGUGAGGGCUGUUCUCUGCUUCAGGAGAUCACCCUGCUGAGAACAUGCUUUUCGCAUCUCCCAGUGGUGGCGGUGCCCUGCGCUACUGAUCUCCAGUCCUGCCUGGUGUGAAUGUAUUCUGGAGCGGGAGGGAUUCUCGGCUUGUAACCCUAGGCACUUGGUUUCUGUGACAUAUUCACUCACACUAACACGUUUGAAGGUGUUUGGUUAAAGUCUGACACUUGGUUUUACGCUAUUCCACUGCCAUUUCACUGAUUUUUUUUUUUUUUGAGAGCAGCGUGUGUGAGAGCUCGCAGCACUUCCAGGAGGGAGAACUGAUCAGCAAUUCCUCAGGCAGUGCCCCGUUUUUAACAAGACUCUGUUUUCAGUGGGGCGUUCCCUGAAACACAGAGUGACAGCAUCCAACUAGGGAGACUGUUCCAAAAUAGGAAAAGGAGCUGUUGGAAAGGUCUUCUGUAUAUAAAACUCUGCCAGGAACCAUGAAACACUCCCCCCCACUUCUGGUUUCUGUAGCGAUUUGUCUUGUUGCUCUCUGUAUUUUAUAGUUACAAAAAUAAACCACUCAAGACCAGCUCUAAGCAGCUCCUGUGCUAGCUCUCUUUUCACUGAUGCUGUCUGGGUACUAUGGGAUUCUCUCCCUAUUAAACUGGCUUUGUUGCUCAGGCCUGGGCUACGUUACAGAGAAGUGCUGUACAUCGACCUAACUGUAAGUGUCUAUGCGAAAAUGUAACUCGCCCACUACACCAACCUAAUAACUUCACCUCUGCGGGAAGCGUAGUGCUUAAAUCGAUGCUGUUAGGUUGACGCGGUGAAAGUGUAGGCACCGCAUUGCUUACAUUGCCUGUUACAUGGAGCUGACAGCUGGAGCCCCGCCACCCAUUGAGGGAUUAGGGGGUGGGAAGGAGAUUCUGAGCCUGGCCUGGUGAAGGAUGAGUGGGGGCAGGGGGAAAAGGGGAGCCCGAGCCCAAGCCUGAGCUAUCUCCUGGUGAGGGAUUGGGGUGGGAGCGGAGAUUUGGUUAAAUUAGUGUGUGCGCUCCUGGUGAGGAUGCACAUCGCUGACUGAAGGAGCUAGUGUGGACCUUAAAAAUCAAACGAACCACUGCAGUGGCUGUACGUCGACUUCAUUUUGUAGUGUAGACGUGCCCUGAGACUCUUCACAAAUCCUUUUGCUGUCCUGGCAACGAUCGCAGCAUUUCUAGGAGACCGAGUUCAGCUCUAAAAUGACUCCUCUCCUCUCGUGUUUGGGAAGCCCCUGAAAAUGGAAGGGAAGGUAGCCUUUGCCCUUUGGAUGAUGGGACCUGAUGGGUCUCAGUACGUCCGAGGGUAUUUAGCUACUGGUCAGAAGAGCCAUGAGGGCCAUCAGCUUAGCUAGUGCCAGGAGAAGCCAACCUCCUCAGAGCUGGUUGAAAAAAGGUAAGUGUGUUUUGGGAAAAUCUUUUUUGGGGAGAGGAACCCCAAUUUAUUGUUUUGGUGGGAAAUAGUCCACUUGUCUUAACAAACACAAACUCCCCUCCAGGACAAGAUGUCAUUUUUUCCCCCGCACUCACUUUAUUUUUAUUUACUCUUUUUCUAGAAAAACUUAUUUUAAAAAACAGGCCCUAGUUCAGAAUGAAAACAAAUGUCAACA